UCAACGCCGAUUAUAUCUUUACAAUGGCUUCGGCAGUUUUUUUCCUUGAUCUCAAGGGCAAGGUGGGCUCUAUCGCUAGUUUGCGGAGGAACUGUGUUCGUCAAAGCUGACACGCCUCCUAUUAAGACAUUACUAGCCCGCAACUAUCGAGGGGACAUCCCGAUGUCAGCGGUCGAGAAGUUUCCUAUUCUUUUACUCGAAGCCGAGGAGGAGAGUUCAGCCGUUCCACCGUGCUUCUCGCAUGAAGGUAUUAAUGUUGGUUUGCCUCUGGUCUCCUGCCUGUUCCGCCGUGGCACAGCUGAAUGAAAGGAUAUAUCAUCAGUAUCUCUACAUCCGACACAACAACCUCUACGUACUUGCUCUCACAAAACGAAACUCUAAUGCCACUGAGAUUUUACUAUUCCUUCACCGAAUAGUUGAAGUAUUCACGGAAUACUUCAAGGAGCUUGAGGAGGAGAGUAUUCGAGACAAUUUUGUUAUUAUCUACGAGCUUCUGGAUGAGAUGAUGGACUUUGGGUACCCACAGACUACAGAGACUAAGAUUCUUCAAGAGUUUGCCCCUCACCGGUGACUAAACGAUGGGGUUAUUUCUUUUGCUAAGUGUUAUAGGUACAUUACCCAGGAGUCCCACAAGCUUGAGAUUCAAGCUCGCCCACCUAUAGCCGUCACAAAUGCUGUCAGUUGGAGAUCUGAGGGGAUUCGCUACCGCAAAAACGAAGUCUUUCUGGACGUAAUUGAAUCGCUCAAUCUUCUCGUUAACAGCAAUGGAAACGUCUUGCGGUCCGAAAUUCUUGGCGCUAUCAAGAUGAAGUGUUAUCUCUCUGGCAUGCCAGAGCUGAGGUUGGGUCUCAAUGACAAGGUUAUGUUUGAGAGCACUGGUAGAACUACAAGAGGGAAAGCUAUCGAGAUGGAGGACGUUAAAUUUCAUCAAUGUGUGCGGCUAUCACGGUUUGAAAACGACAGAACAAUCAGCUUCAUUCCACCAGAUGGCGAGUUUGAAUUGAUGAGCUACCGGUUGAACACUCAGGUGAAACCCUUGAUCUGGGUAGAGUGUAUGGUUGAGAGCCAUUCUGGGUCGAGGAUCGAGUAUAUGCUCAAGGUAUGUGAUGGGGGUUUGACUCUCUAUAGUUUGGAUUAACAGCUUAUGUUCCAAAGGCCAAAGCACAGUUCAAGCGACGCUCUACUGCAAACAACGUGGAAAUUGUUGUUCCAGUCCCCGACGACGCAGACUCACCUCGAUUCAGGACAAAUAUCGGAACCGUGCACUACGCCCCUGAGAAGUCUGCAAUCGUAUGGAAGAUCAAACAGUUUGGAGGUGGAAAGGAGUUUUUGAUGAGAGCUGAGCUAGGUUUACCUAGUGUCAAGGAAGCUGAGCCUGAGAGGAAGAAGAGGCCAAUCAGCGUGAAGUUUGAGAUUCCUUACUUCACUACGUCGGGGAUUCAGGUCCGAUAUCUUAAGAUCAUUGAGCCCAAGUUGCAGUAUCCUAGUUUGCCAUGGGUCAGAUACAUAUCUUGUGCUUCGGGUAUGAAUGGUUUCUACUUCAAUAAUUGUGGGAUCUUUAACUAA